AUGGAGGUGGUGCCAUCGACUGAAUAUUUGCAUACGGUGAACGAUGAAGGAAGGCAUUACACAGUAAGCCUUUUAGAGAAAAAAUGCAGUUGUGGGCGGUUCCAAAUCGACGAAUUACCAUGCCCACACGCUUGGGCUAUCCUAAAGAGAAAGUUUCUAAUGCCAGAAGAUUUUUGCUCUGAUUAUUACAAACCAAAGUUUGUUGUAAUGACAUAUGAGGUGCUCGUGUAUCCUUUGCCGGACCGGAAAGAAUGGAAUAUACCAGCACAUGUAGCAGAUGAAGUUGUAUUACCACCCAAAUGGAAAAGACCUCCUGGAAGACCAAAGAAGAAGCGUAUAAGCCCUUCAUUGAAUUGCUGCAGAAGAAAAAUCAACAUUCGUGUAGCAUAUGUGGACUGGAAUGACAUAAUAAGCGUACUUGUAGAAAUGCUCCACGUUGAAAUUAGUUCACAAUCUGACUUGUAUUAA